CCGUAAUGCUUUAGCCAGAAAGUUUCCGUUGUUUUUUAGAUGCUAUCGAUGAAUAAAUAGAAGAUGUGACAAAAACAUCCGCUUAGAUGAGAGACUUUAAUUCUAACUGGCGGCGAGCCUGGAGAUCUCGCGAUAGUUCCGUGUAAAUGAACGUUACACAACAUGUUUGGUAACAUGCAUGUUGUGGAAGCCUUGUGGUUCAUCUAUUACCUGCUCAAUGCUGCAGUCCUGCAGAGAGCAGAGGAACCCGACAAACUUCGAAAGUUAUGUGUUUUUAAUUCACGUCUGUUGACGCGACGAGUUCACCACCGGCGAGAUCUACUUCCUGGAUUUGCACAGCUUCCUCUGUUCCAACAAAAUGCCCGAGGGACCAGAGCUCCACCUGGCCAGCCUUUAUGUGAACAAAAUGUGCAAUGGAGUGGUGUUCACUGGACCAGUCAGAAAAUCUGAAGUCAGCAAGAGUCCCGAUGUGCCCUUCACCUGUGAGGCCUAUCGCAUCACAGCCACUUCCAGAGGGAAGGAAGUGAAGCUCACACUCACGCCCAUGAAGAGUGACGACCCAAAGCGGAAAGCAAAGAAGGGACAGGCGGACCAGCCCAUGGACAUAAUAUUUCGCUUUGGGAUGUCGGGUUAUUUCCGCUUCACCACAGAGGAUGAGUUGCCCAAACACGCCCACCUGCGUUUUUAUUCCACAGAGAAGCCCUGCAGAGUGCUGAGCUAUGUGGACGCACGCAGGUUCGGCAGCUGGCAGCACAGUGGGACGUGGCAGCCGAGCAGAGGGCCCUGCAUCAUGUUUGAGUACAAACGCUUCAGAGAGAACGUCGUGUCCAACCUCUCUGACCGAGCCUUUGACAGGCCCAUCUGUGAAGUUCUGCUCAAUCAGAAGUACUUCAAUGGUAUCGGGAACUACCUGAGGGCUGAAAUCCUUUUCAGAUUGAACAUCCCACCCUUUGUGGCUGCCAGGACGGUCCUGGAAGGCCUUGAGUCAGAAGAUUUCUGUGAAAAUGAGAAGCCUGCAAAAAAUGAGAUUGCUGACACAAAGACCUCAGACAGAGCCGAACAGAAGAGGGUGAAAGAAGAGACGGGUGACCUGCUCAGACUGUGUCACACAGUGCCCCUGGAGGUGGUGAGCCUUGGUGGAAAGGGCUACGAUCCAGAAAAGGCAGACUACUCCGAUUUUCAGGCGUGGCUGCAGUGUUACUACGUGGACGGCAUGAAGUCAAUCAGGGACCACAAUGGCAGAACUAUGUGGUUCAAGGGAGAUCCAGGCCCCAUGGCACCUAAAGAUUCAAAGUCGCCCAAGGCAAAAAAGAGGACAAAGAAAGAAGACGAUCACGAUUACACUGACAAGAAAAGGGUGGUCAAGAGUCGCUCGGCAACCUCAACAAAGAAGAAGGCCGCCAAACAGGAAGCUGUGACCAAAACACCAAAGAGAGAAAAGGAUGCAUGUCCAAAGGAAGCCAAAUCUAAGAGAGGAAAGACUGGCAAACCCCUGAAAGUAAACACAGCUGAGCAUGAAAAUAGAUCAACUACUCGUAGGAAGAGGAGCGGCAAUGCAGAGCCAACAGCUGCAGGUGGACUGAGGCGAAGCAGGAGGGGGACCAGACCGAACGGCAAAUAAAAAAAAAAAAAGGGGGGGGGGGGGAAACCACUGUAUAAGGCUGCUUUUAUACUUUUAGACGUUUUUUAAAAUAAAACACAUUUUCUAC